AUGCUACUUAUAGACUAACCACCCAAAAUAACUAGUAUAUAUAUGUGACUUCUCUGUAUUCCUCUAACUGAAACAAUUUUGGAAGCAACCAACAAUUGAAUAACACACCAUCAUAUAUCAGAGAGUUUUUAUAAUUUUAUGGUUUUUUUUUGUUAAUCAUUUGAGAGAGAGAGAGAGAGACAACAAAAUUAAGCAUGUCUAUGGACAAGAAGAAAAAUGGUUCAUUUCGAUCCAUUUUCAUGCAAGCGGACGGUGCUGAUUUGUUAUUGAUGACUCUCGGCUUCAUCGGAGCCGUCGGUGACGGUGUUUCCAUGCCGGUCGUAUUGUUUGUCACUAGCAAGCUCAUGAACAAUCUUGGCGGCGCUUCCUCCUCCGCCGCCGAUGUUCUCACUCAUAACAUCAACAAGAACGCAGUGGCUCUAUGUUAUGUGGCUUGCGGGCAAUGGGUUGCUUGUUUCCUUGAGGGAUAUUGUUGGGCAAGAACAGGAGAGAGACAAGCUUCAAGAAUGAGAGCAACGUAUCUGAAAGCAGUGCUAAGACAAGAUGUGGGUUACUUUGAUUUGCACGUGACAAGCACGGCCGAAGUCGUCACAAGCGUCUCAAGCGAUAGUCUAGUAAUUCAAGAUGUUAUCAGUGAAAAGGUACCAGUUUUCUUGAUGAACUUUUCAACAUUCGCCGGGGCCUAUAUUGUGGCAUUCUUAAUGCUAUGGAGACUAGCAAUUGUGGGAUUUCCUUUCGUUGUACUUUUAGUCAUCCCAGGUCUUAUGUAUGGAAGAGCUCUGAUGGGGUUGGCGAGGAAAAUAAGGGACGAGUACACAAAGGCUAAUACUAUAGCAGAGCAAGCCAUCUCUUCGAUCCGAACGGUUUAUUCGUUUGUCGGAGAGAACAAAACCAUUAAUGAAUUCUCAGCAGCUCUUCAAGGGACUGUGAAUUUGGGACUCAAGCAAGGGCUGGCUAAAGGCUUGGCCAUUGGCAGCAACGGCGUCGUGUUCGCGAUUUGGUCGUUCAUGUCUUAUUAUGGUAGCAGAAUGGUGAUGUACCAUGAUGCUCGUGGAGGCACUGUUUUUGCUGUUGGUGCCGCAAUUGCCAUCGGUGGAUUGUCAUUGGGUUCUGGUUUAUCCAACUUGAAGUACUUUUCAGAAGCGACAGCAGCUGGAGAGAGAAUAAUGGAGGUGAUAAAAAGAGUGCCCAAGAUCGAUUCCGACAGCACGGAAGGCCAGAUCCUAGAGGCAGUCUCAGGGGAGGUGGAAUUCAGGCACGUCGAAUUCGCGUACCCGUCCCGACCCGAAUCCACCAUCUUCAGGGACUUCAACCUGAGAGUCCCGGCGGGAAAGACGGUGGCAUUGGUGGGAGGGAGUGGGUCCGGGAAGUCGACAGUGAUAUCGCUGUUGCAGAGGUUCUAUGACCCACUUGGUGGUGAGAUUCUUGUGGACGGGGUGGGGAUAGAUAAGCUACAGCUCAAGUGGGUGAGGUCACAGAUGGGGCUGGUGAGCCAAGAGCCAGCUCUGUUUGCCACCACCAUUAAAGAGAACAUACUUUUUGGGAAGGAAGAUGCUGGCAUGGAAGAGGUGAUCGAGGCUGCAAAAGCUUCUAAUGCUCAUAACUUCAUCUCUGAGUUGCCUCAGGGAUAUGAUACUCAGGUGGGUGAAAGAGGAGUUCAAAUGUCUGGAGGCCAAAAACAGAGGAUCGCCAUCGCACGAGCCAUCAUCAAGGCACCCCGCAUCCUCCUACUCGACGAGGCCACCAGCGCCUUGGACUCGGAAUCGGAGCGAAUCGUCCAAGAAGCGCUGGACAACGCCGCCGUCGGCCGCACCACCCUCAUCAUCGCCCACCGCCUCUCCACUAUCAGAAACGCCGAUCUCAUUGCCGUCGUCCAGAACGGCCAGGUCAUGGAGACCGGGUCCCACCACCACCUCAUCCAACACCAAAACGGCCUCUACGCCACCCUCGUCCGCCUCCAACAAUCCAACAAAGACGACGACGUCCCAUGCACACCAACAACAUCCUCCAUCACAAACACUGAUACCGUAAACAACACGAGCAGUCGUAGACUGUCAAUGGUCAGCCGCUCCAGCUCAGCUAACUCUGCUAGCGCGUCGGGCAUAGCUGGAGGAGGAAAGAAUACUUCUAUUACUAAUACAGUUACUGAAGAUCAAGUUUUUCCGGUACCAUCAUUUCGGAGACUUUUAGCUAUGAAUUUACCGGAGUGGAGAGAAGCGAGUUUGGGGUGUGUGAGUGCGGUUCUGUUCGGUGCAGUUCAGCCGGUUUAUGCAUUCGCCAUGGGGUCAAUGAUUUCGGUCUAUUUCUUGCCGGAUCAUGGUGAGAUAAAGUCCAAGACGAGGAUAUAUUCACUGUGUUUUCUAGGGUUGGCUGUGUUUUCGCUUGUGAUCAAUAUAUGUCAGCACUAUAACUUUGCGGCCAUGGGAGAGUACUUGACCAAGAGGAUUAGAGAGAGAAUGCUGUCCAAAAUACUCACUUUUGAGAUUGGGUGGUUCGACCAGGAUGAGAAUGCCAGUGGUGCUAUUUGCUCUAGACUUGCCAAAGAUGCCAAUGUGGUGAGAUCUUUGGUGGGCGAUCGAAUUGCCCUCAUAAUCCAGACCGUCUCAGCAGUAACAGUUGCUUGCACAAUGGGCCUGGUCAUUGCAUGGAAGCUCGCAAUCGUCAUGAUAGCGGUCCAACCUCUCAUUAUCAUAUGCUACUAUUGCAAGCGCGUCCUGCUCAAGAACAUGUCCCAAAAGGCCAUUAAGGCCCAAGAUGAAAGCAGCAAACUCGCUGCUGAGGCUGUGUCCAAUCUCCGGACCGUCACUGCCUUCUCUUCCCAGGCCCGUAUCCUCAAAAUGCUCGAAAAAGCCCAAGAAGGCCCACGCCGCGAAAGUAUCCGCCAGUCAUGGUUCGCGGGUAUCGGGUUAGGGACCUCCCAGAGCCUUAUGUCAUGCACUUGGGCUCUCGACUUUUGGUACGGCGGCAAACUCAUUUCCGACGGUUACAUUGGCGCCAAAGCCCUCUUUGAGACAUUCAUGAUCUUAGUGAGCACCGGUCGUGUCAUUGCCGACGCCGGUACCAUGACCAACGACCUCGCCAAAGGCUCCGAUGCAGUCGGGUCAGUUUUUGCUGUAUUGGAUCGGUAUACUCGGAUUGAACCCGAAGACCCAGAUGGUCGCAAGCCCGAAAAGAUCACUGGCCACGUGGAGCUUCGUGACGUGGACUUUGCAUACCCAGCUAGGCCUGAUGUGAUGAUCUUUAGAGGCUUUUCAAUCAAAAUCGAAGCGGGAAAAUCAACGGCGUUGGUUGGACAAAGUGGGUCCGGAAAAUCAACCAUCAUUGGAUUGAUUGAAAGAUUUUACGACCCACUUUCUGGGGCAGUUAAAAUUGACGGUUCUGAUAUAAGAUCAUACGAUCUAAGAUCACUAAGGAAACACAUUGCACUUGUUAGCCAAGAGCCCACAUUAUUUGCUGGUUCAAUACGUGAGAACAUCAUAUAUGGAGCGUCUGAUAAGACUGAUGAAUCAGAGAUCAUCGAGGCGGCGAGAGCAGCAAACGCUCACGAUUUCAUCGCGGGUUUAAAAGACGGAUAUGAUACGUGGUGCGGGGACAGAGGAGUACAGCUCUCUGGGGGCCAGAAGCAACGUAUUGCAAUAGCCCGUGCCAUACUGAAAAACCCAGCCGUGUUGUUGCUUGAUGAGGCCACGAGUGCACUUGACAGCCAAUCAGAGAAGAUUGUGCAAGACGCGCUUGAGCGCGUGAUGGUGGGGAGGACUAGUGUGGUUGUCGCUCACAGGUUAAGUACAAUACAGAAUUGUGAUAUGAUUGCUGUGCUGGACAAAGGGAGGGUUGUGGAGAGAGGGACCCACUCUUCUCUCAUAGCUAAGGGACCCACUGGAGCUUACUACUCUUUGGUCAGCCUUCAGAGAACACCCAACACCAAUUAGGGCCCACACAGUCAACUAAAGGUCGUCAUUAUAAGUUGGCUUAUUAGGGUUUUGGUGGCCACAUGAUCUCAGUUAGUUCUGAAGGCCUAACAAAUUCAAAAACUACCGAACACAACCAAUAUGUGAGCCAGAAAAAUUUGUGAGAGCUUCGAACUUUAAUUGUAAUAUAUUUUACUAUAUGUAAAUAGGAUCAUUACUUGAUGAGCUAAUAAAAAGGUGUCACGGUUUUAAGUA